UGACACAUGCAGGAAUGGGACCAUCCCAUGUAAACAACUUCUUAACAGAAUGCAACUUACCACCAAUUAGUGAUACAACAUUGCGCAAAAAGGAGAAAGAGUUCAGUAAGACAAUACAUGAUGUUGCUAUGACCUCCUUCAGAGAAGCUCAACAUCAAGAAAAACUUCUAAGUCAUGGCAAAGUGGCAGCAAGUUUUGAUGGUGGUUGGCAGAAAAGAGGAUCUGGAUGGAAUUAUAACAGUAAUACUGGCCAUGCAACUAUGAUUGGAAAAGAAACUGGAAAAAUAAUGCUCUGGGAUCAAAGAAGCAGAUCAUGCAAGACCUGUGAAUACCAUCUUGCAAAUCAAACUCAGAUUCCAGACCACCUUUGUUCUAAAAACUGGUAUGGGUCAAGCAAGGCCAUGGAAUCAGAUAUGGCAGUAUCGAUGGCACACACUUUAAAAAAUGAAGGGUGUGAAAUAAAAGUGAUACAUGCUGACAAUGAUGCAGCUACCACUUCAAAAUUGAAAGUUGAUUUUGAAGAUCUUGAAAAGAGAGAUGAUCAGAAUCAUUUGAAAAAGGGCUUAUCAAAAAGUUUGCAUCAAAUGUCUGUAAAGUAAGCUAUAUAAAUGUACCACUAUGCAUCCAA